UUGUGGGUAAUAUGUAUGCGAUCUCCGAGAUCGCGAGAACUGGCGCCUGCGCGGGAUUUCGGAUUUAAAGCCGCAGGACUCCUUUCUCCUGCUCCGCGGUCGGGGGCGGUGCCUAGAGCGAGGCGAAGGGGUCGGAGCUGCCGGCAGUCUGCGCGGAGAGGGACCCGGGAGCCAGGACUUUCCGGGAGGGGCGCGCGCUCGUCCCCACCCCGGCCAGGUGUCCGCCGGGCCCCGGCUCUGCGCACCAGGUGCCCGCUGCCCUGCCCGAGGCCCGGCCAUGGCCCAGCAGAGAGCCCUGCCGCAGAGCAAGGAGACGCUGCUGCAGUCUUACAACAAGCGGCUCAAGGACGACGUCAAGUCCAUCAUGGACAACUUCACCGAAAUCAUCAAGACCGCCAAGGUGGGCGAGGCCGCCAGUCUCCUGCCCCUUCUGAGACCAAGGGAAGUGGCAGGGUCUGGAGGUUGUGGACAGUGAUUGAGGACGAGACACAGGUGUCGAGGGCCACCCAAGGCGAGCAGGACAACUACGAGAUGCACGUGCGAGCCGCCAACAUCGUGAGUCACCAGGUCCGAGCCGGCGAGUCCCUGAUGAAGCUGGUGUCCGACCUCAAGCAGUUCCUCAUCCUCAACGACUUCCCGUCGGUGAACGAGGCCAUCGACCAGCGCAACCAGCAGCUGCGAGCGCUGCAGGAGGAGUGUGACCGGAAGCUCGUCGCCCUGCGGGAUGAGGUCUCCAUCGACCUCUACGAGCUGGAGGAGGAGUAUUACUCGUCCAGCUCAAGUCUUUGCGAAGCUAAUGAUCUGCCUCUAUGCGAAGCUUACUGGAGGCUGGACCUCGACACAGACCCUGCUGAUGGCCUCUCAGCCCCUCUGCUGGCAUCCCCGGAGCCCAGUGCCGGCCCCCUGCAGGCGGCAGCCCCUGCCCACUCCCACACCGGCGGCCCCGUACCCACAGAGCACACCUGAGCCUCCCAGGGCUCCCCUCCCUGGGCCUCUAGAACCUGCGGAAUGAAAUCCAGUGCCCCCUCUCUGGGCCCCCACAGCCUCAACUCCCUUCAGCCUUCAUUCCCCCUGGGGGAGCCACUAUGGCCCUGUCAGCCCAGGGACAGUCCACCUAGGAGUGUUCCCCCAGCCAUUCUGGGGUUGCUGUCUUCUGGCUGGCUGGGUAGAGGGAAGUUUCCAGGACAGUUUGUCCUGUUGGGCACCUAACAGUGGGGCAGGAAGGAUGCCUAGUGUUGGGAGGCCCGACCUGAGCUGUUUACCAGGGUGAGGGGAGGUAGUGCUCAGAGCGGACAGAACUAGCCAAGACCAGGUCUCCUACACAGAGCUCUGCCUGCUACUUCGCCUGGAAGCUCCCUGCGCUGACUGCCCCUGCAGGGCUAUGGGUAAGCGGGACCACCUGCUCUUACAGAAGUCAGGCAGGAUCCUUCCUGAUUUUGCUGCUGCACACAUUCUGGUUAUUUUUGUAAUGAGACUGUUGAAUAAAACCAGCUCCACCCUUU